UUAAAUGUCAACUAGAACAAUUUGAGGUUAACACAUGAAAUAUUUGUGACUUAUUUUUAAUUUAUAGAUAAAUUUACUGAUGAAUAAUGCCUGCCACAUUUAUUGAUAGAAGUAUUUUAACCGUUGGAUUUCUUUCGUUAUUUCAUUCUGCUUAUUCUGCUGCUCAACACAGAUCAUAUCUAAGAUUAAAUGAUUUAGAUUUUACACACCUACCUCUAGAUAUAUUUUUACAAACUAUAAUCAGUUUAUUUGUUAUUAUGUAUGGAGUAUUAAGCAUUGCUGGAGAUUUUAAAGAAAUUAAAGCAUCAGCAGAAUUAGAAAAUAAAUCAUGGGAAACAUUUAGAAAUAUUCCAUCAUUUUACACAUUUACUCACAGGGGAGGUAAAUGUUCACCAAUACUAACUAAAACUAGUCUCGAGGAAAUUGAAUAAUAGUGUAAUUGUAAUAUUAAAUAGGUACAAUUGUUGUGGAAAUAUAAAUGUUUGAUAAUAGAA